GAUUAAUCUAUAAGACAUUGAAUAGUCGUGAUACUAGCGGGCUAACGGGUCCAUUUAAAAAAUGGUGGCAAGUUUUGGCGAUUUAGGAAAGUCGGCCCGUGAUAUUUUUGACAAGAACUUCAGCUUCGGGUACCUUAACUUUGAAUUCAAAACCAAAACUGAAAAUGAUAUCUCCGUGACAUGUGGUGGAAAACACGAUACAAAUGCUGGAAGAGUUUCCGGGUUCUUAGAGUCGAAGUUAAAAGCUGCCCCAGGAGUUCAUUUGAAGACAAGAGUCGAUUCUAAAUGGCUAAUGACAAGUGAACUAGAAGUCGACAAGAAAUUCCAUAAAGAUUUAUCGCACAAUGUGAUAACUACAAUGGAGCCUGAUUCAGGAGCUAAGUCAUUGUUGCUAAAAAAUAAAUUCAAACAUGAAUAUUUCAAUGCUAAUCUGGAUAUGAACUUCAAGUCAAAAUAUCCUCUGAUCACCGGCUCACUCGUAUUGCCUAUCCCCCAUUAUCCUGCAUUUCGUAUUGGUGCACAAGCUGUGGUUGACAGUGAGAAGUCAGAAAUUAGCAAACACAUUUAUGCAAUCAACUUUAAGCAGUCUGAUGUGCAAGUGCAUGCUACACUCACUGGUCAUUCAGAUGUUGACUUGAGCGUCUUUCAAAAAUUCAAAGACAUGAAACUAGGUUUCCGUGUUGGUUGGCGACCAGACACUCGUGAGACGUCAUUUGGUGCAGCUCUUCGUUACAAAACCUCUCCUACUGGGAAAGUCAAAGUCAAAAUAGACCAAAAUUGCGUAGUUGGACUGGCUUACAAGCUUAAAUUAAACUCAGAUGCGUGUUUGGCAUUGUGCACUCAAUUUGAUGGGAAGAAUUUGGAGAAUGGAGGUCAAAAAUACGGCAUCAUGUUCAAGUUUGGAUCGUAGCAUAGACAUGAUUGUCUAUCUCUAGGUUUAAUUAUGCUUAGACCGGUGCUUGCACCUCUGUUAGAUUUCAACACUGGUUUAAUUAUACUUGUAAAGUGAUCGAUUUGUUUCUGUUCCGAAGUGCACAAAUUAAUUCAUUGUGUUCUACCAAACGAAACUAAAUGUAACGACCUCCGUGUCUUGUGUUAUCCGUAUCCUCUGUUGUGCUACGCUCUUUCUCAUCUAACUUAAUACGUCAAUGGCUAACGUUCUCAGAUGUAUGGUUUUCCUAA